AUGGCCAUAGUUGACGUGCGAGAUAAAUUAGUUGAAAUAUUAGGUAGCAGCCAGAUUGUCGCUGUGGUUGCUGGUUAUUGUAAGUUUUGUACCAUGUUGCGUGAAGCUCUGGCAAUUGCAGAGAAGGCUGAUUCUUCUCUUAGUGUCUCUUACAUUACUGAGUCACAUCCGCUUUAUAAGGCUUUUAGAGAUACGGCUUAUACUGUUUUUGACCAGUAUAAAACAGUUCCUCUAGUAUUUAUUCAGGGUCGGUUCCUUGGUGGUUAUAGUAAUUUUGAUGCGAUUUCAAAGCGAUUGAAUGAGUAUGUGUCUAUGCCAAUGCUUAGUAAGUCAUUACGGCUGACUAAGGAGGGCAAAAUGCUUUGA